AUGUUGGUGUUAGGAUCAGAAUACAGAACCAAGAUCAUCAGAACCUGGGUCAGAACUAUUGAUAAGAAGCUGGGAUUAAAGGAUGGGAAGAAAAUGCAAGAAAGAAGUAGAUCCAAGGAACGCAGGAGGUCUAGAGACCGGAGAAGCUCAACCAGUAGCAAGAGUGAAAAAAGGAACCAUAAAAAAGAAACAAAAUCCAACUCCAGUGAAAGAAAUAGACAUGAGAGUGGAUAUCAUAGCAGAUCCAGAGAAAGAAGAGAGAGUAAAGACUCAACCAGAAGCAAAUCUGAAGAUAAAAACAGAAAGAAAGAAAAGACAACAUGA